UUGUAUCGACAGACCAUGCCAGCUCGCGCGCGGUCACGUGAUUCAAUCUAUCGUCUGCUUCAUAUCAAUUUUCCUCUGGCGGCAUUUUGCAGCAUGUAUUGAAGGUUUGCUAGGCCUGCGCGCAGAUGUGUUGAAUAUAAGUGACUUUGUUAGAUAAAUGGGAAACAGCUUGUCGAUGUAUAUCCUCGAUCUGCUUGCUGUGUUGAAGUUUUAUACACAGAAGUUUAUUAUAGGAACACGUUCUAUGUGUACUCGUUGAGUGGAUCUUUAGCUGGUUUAUAGGCUAGUAAAUGGUUUAGUUGACUUUCUAUCGACCUUAGUGUUUUAUCUACAUGAACGCUACAUAGAGAGAAUCAAGGACGUACUUGAACAUUUGUCGUCUGCUGUUGUUUGACACGGCGGAUGAUGUUUUAUAUGAAGAGUCUCUUUUGAUUGAGAUCCCAAGCCUUCAGAAUAUUUCUUUCAAGAUGUCAAAACGGGAGCAUAAGUUUUACGUUUGUGUGCAUGCACCGUGCUCGUUUAAAACCGACAAACGUAAGGCUAUCUACACGCACCUUGUAAGGACACACAAUGAACGUAAAGAAGAUUACGAAUGCGAAUACUGCUCGUCUAAGUUUGAACUUGAUUCAGAAAUUGAGAGACAUUUGCACGUGCACCAUCCCCAGCAACCUUUUACAUACACGUGCGUGUCGCGCAUUGAAAAGGUUAUAAAUAAUUGUGCAAAACUUGGAAGCGAUUUGAAACGCCCUCAAACACCGAUAAAAUCUGCUGGAGGAGAAAGUUCAGACCACUCCAAGGCUUCGAUAGAAAAGAAAACGCCGCCGAAAACCGAAAAUGUCUCUACGGUAACAAAACCGCCCUACUUGAAACCAAACAUUAGCAUGAGAACACGAGCAUCCGUUAAUGAGUCAUUAAAUAAUAUUGCCAAACUCCCGAAAUAUUCUACCGCGGAGGAGGAAAUGACGUCUGCAUCGGCACAAGCCAACGAAUCUUUUCUUGACGAAGGUGUUUCCGACGACGAAUUCAGUGGUGAACGUGACGAAAUGGAAGAAGUGGAAAUAGACACAGACGAGGAAGCACCUACGUACAUCUCGAAACCGUCUGGUUUGAAAAUUAAGCUAAGUUUGAAGAAAGGUUCUGCGAAUACUUCUAGGGACGCGUCGAGUGAACGGUCAGAUUCACCUCCAUUACUAGAGCCCAGCGCUAAAGAAGUUAUAAAUCCGACAGAAUUGCCCGACGAUACACCGCCGGAUAUAAUACGCAAUCAUCCAGUCGGUGGUACAGCACAAGUGCGCAUAAAAGACUCUAAAUAUUAUGACAAACUGGAAGUUUAUCAUCACACCGACGAAUUUGGCCGUCGGUGUUGCCCAUUCUGUGACUACAAGACAUCUAAGAAUACAAUACGUGUUCAUCUGUCAGGCAUACAUAAAAUCCACUUUGUGAAAUGUUCAUUGUGCGACUAUAAGGCGGCGUUUCCCCAUCAGAUAACACAACACGGUAUAAAAUUCCACAAAACAACAAACCUAAACGUAAUUCAGUUAUCUAAAGAAUCGCGUGAUAAAACAAUUGGGCAGUUGAAGAGAGUUGGCAGAGUGACAUUGCCUGUCUCUACUAGCCAAAACGAUUCAGUAAACAAAAUUAAAUCAGCAGAGGACACCAUAACCGGAAAUGAGAUCAUAGACGACGAGGAUUUUAAUUCGGAAGAGAGUUACCCAACAUCUGCAGACGAGAAUGAGUCGUCUGCCGGUCAAGCAGACGACAGGGUCUUCAAACCGCCGAAAUGCCAGACGUCGAAAACGGACUACUACAGCAUACGUAUCGAAAAUGGGGUGUAUCUGUACAGCUGUAACUUGUGCACGUUCCAGACCCCGGUCCGAGCCACGAUCUAUACCCACAAGUACAGACAUGAGGAGAAGUCCUACAGAUGCGGCUAUUGCGACUUCACGUCAGCUCCAAGAUCCAAUGUUGUACACCAUUGCCGUGUAAAGCACAAGGGUUCCCCAGUGAAUGUGGUAGAGAACGACUUUGACGAGUCAGCCCAGCGCGAACUGAAGGAGACCGUCGAGAAGGACACAGUACAAGCUAUGAAUGAGAAUAUUGUGGUGAAGACAGAACCGAUUGACGAAGUGGUCAAAUCAGAAACAAACGUGGAACCAGAAAACGCUAACUUCGAUAUGACGUCAGAGAACACUCGUGACAAUAUUACAGCCAGUCAGCCAGAAGAAAAACGUCACCAGACCAUAAUCAAAGUCCCACAGUUCAAGAGGUCGAUCACUUCCGCUUCAUACGAUGCAGGUCAAAGUUCAGUGGAAAUCAAACGUCCAAAGGUGGAAUCCGACAUUCAAUCUGUAGAAUACAAACUUUCACUGAACAAAUUGUACCGAAUCAACCCGACUGGUUCCCCGAAAUUCAUGUGUGCGCUGUGUUCUUAUGCAUGCGACACUCAUCCGAAAAUGAAGCAUCAUCUAUAUCGGCACAGGCCGCAGAAGUACAAAUGUCCGUAUUGUGACCACAGAAAAUACCCGAGGUCUUAUGUAGUACGGCACGUGAGGGACACUCACCGUAACAAGCCAGUAAGAGUGAUCGAUCUUUCCAAAGGGAACGAACCAGAAGACAUUCCUGAAUAUAUGACUGAUGGAGUUACAGACGAUACUCUGGACGAUACGGCAGAACAUAUUGAUCCAGACGCAGAAGCUGCGCUAGUUCAACAACAAACACGUGUAGAAACAAAUCAUGUAGACAAAGACGUGGUCACCGGAAAUUCUGUAGCAGACGACACGAACGCUGAACAAAACGAAGAAGUGAACGCGCUGAAAAACUUCGCCCAGAAACUGAAUCUUCGUUCAGUAAUGACCACAGAUCUGAAUGACGAUAUAUUCAUGCAAUCUUCUGACGUCAGUCCGAACUUCAGUGACUACACGUCAUCACCGCUUAUUGAAUCUUUCAUUAAUGGACAAUACCAGAAUUCAAGUACACCAAAAUUAAACUCUAAAAACUUCGAGAAGAAAAAAAGUUUGAAGGAUUACCGCGUGAACUACGGGCACGGACCGAGGUAUAUCUGUAAUAAGUGCGGUUACGGGACGGAGAACUACAAGACAAUACACAACCACAUGUACAGACACGAGUCACAACGUUACCAGUGUCCAUACUGUGGCUACAGACGCUCCCCAAAGUCAUUUGUUGAAAAUCAUAUUCGAGAGGUACAUAAAGGUCACCCUGUUAUCGUGACUGAGUUAACCAUUGACCAGGAGAUGACUGAUGCCCCAGUAGGCUCACCACGCCAGUGCGUAACGCUUAAGCGGAAGGACCCGCCUCAAGAAGCGUCGACCUCGCCGACGGUCUUGAGUGCACCGACAAAGGUUCAGAAACUGGAAGAAAACGUUACAGCCAAGAUACCAGUGAAGUGGCCUGCCCCUAAACCGGUGUUUCAAGUAAAUAUUACACAACCUCAGUGUCCUGUCUCGCCUGUAUUAAAAGAAAUCGUGGAAGCUCCGAACUCAAAUAUUCUACAGUUAUCUUCCCCUGUUGUGCGACUCGUACAAACGAAUAUGCAGCAGCAUGAUGCUAAAAUCAACGCUCCAACAUUAGCUCCUGUAGCGCCAGCAAGUCCGGCGUCUCAAAUUUCUCCAGGGGGCAAUAAUGUCCGUUUUGUUGAAAGGAACCGCACGACAUUCAAAACGAUGUAUAAGUGCGUGUUUGACCCUGAAACAUGUAACCAUAUAUCUAAAGACAAAUCAAAGAUGAAACAGCAUCUUUUCAUGCAUGUUGAAUACAAACCAUGGACAUGUGACUUUUGCGACAUGACUGCCAGCCAGUCAUCGCACAUAAAAAAUCACGUGAGAACGGAACAUCCGGGCGUUCCUGAGACAUCUUUUAAAUACAAACGUCACAAUUACUUGGAGAAACACAUUGAAGGUUUCUUGACUAAAGGUCUUUUUACAGUGCCAGUCAAUGAAUACCGCGCAAUUAUGGACAUGAAAGGGAACACAAAAUCUUCAAAGCAGCCAACGUUUGACAGAGACGAGGAAGGGAACUUACUCUGUCCUUACUGUAGCUACAGAACUAAGAGUGGCGGUAUGACAGAUCACGUGAAGAUGAAACAUAUGCAGCCUCGUUUUAAAUGUCACUGGUGCGAGUAUAGAGCUUUCUAUAGGUCAGAGGUCAGGAAGCAUCACCGGAAGGAGAAGAGUCAUGUCGGUCUCGAGUUUAAAACCCAAGAACUUGAUCUUGUACAGGUCAUGGAAGGUUACAAAGAAAAGAAUGGUGAUACAACUGAAACAGAUGCCACGAGUACCUUUAUUGCCAGCAGUGUAGACGCGAGGCAAUACUUAGAUGAUGAAGAUGAUGAUGAUGACGACGAUGACGAUGGAACUAGUGAAUGUUCGUCGAGUGAAGGCUCGUCUAUUGGCGAUUACCAGCAAGGUUAUGUGGAAUACACAACGGAACAACUUUCAGAGCUUUGUACAAACAGACAGACCAAAAUAGAUCAAAGUAUUGAAUCUGAAAAGGAUACUGACAUAGUCAUAGAUACAGCUAAUAAACAGGUGCUUCUUGGAGCGCUAAAUACAGAAGUCGGUCCAGAUGGUUCAAUGACAAUUGUACAGAAAAAUAAACCAGAAAAUACUGGUGUAAUGAAAGAAAACUCAGUCAAGGAGUCUAAAUUUAAGUGCGGCUACUGUCUUUUCUCGGCCGACUUGAGAGUGAAAGUGAAAAUGCAUUGUUCCAAGAAACAUCCUGAUAAAGUAUUGGAAAUCAUAGAACCAUCCGCGAAACCUGAAACAGUUGUGAGACAAGAUAACUUAGAUCUAGAUGCUGAUGAUUGGAAAGGUACUAAGUUUGAACAGGAUUUAAGAAGGGCAGGUGUCUCAAAACUUAACUUGGCUUCUCUUUUUCCGCAUAGCAAACGUUUUCAAAAAUCGGACGAUAAUGAUAAAGAUGUGCAGCUGAAUCCAGAUCAAGGUAGUGAAAGUCCGGAAUUCAAGAAACCACUCGAACCCAUUUCUAAAGUUAAAACAACAGAUAAAAAAAUAGAAAACACUGAAACAAAAGUCACUACGGUUGUUAACGUAGAUAGAGACGAUGAGAAAUCAGAUAAAAAUGAUAAAUGCCCCGACAAUCAAGAAGCAGCUAGGAAGUCAGCUGAAAGCCCGAAACGUGACACAAAUACUGCAAAAUCUAAUAUUCUGAUAAGUGAUGUCAGAUCUUUGAAACAAGAUGCUGACAACAAAUCAAAGACUGAAGAGGUGCCUGAAGAACAAUAUCAAGAAAGUGAUAAAUCUCCUAAUGUAGAUGAACUAAAAACCACAUUACCGAACCACACUACGGUUAUCCUUGACAAUGGAGUAAAUAGUGAAGUUAUGAAUAGAAGUGAAGAAGAAUGUGUAAAUGAUAAUAUGAAGACUGAUGCGACAGAGGAACAAUGUGACACAAAUCAAAACAGUGCGGAAUGUACAAAUGAUUUCCACGGUAAAGACGACUUCGAGGAGAAAGAAUUUGUUAAUGACAGUACCGAAAAUGGAAGUUCUAGUUACAUCCCUGAACAAGAUUGCAGGAGUAGUGACAGUAUCAUACUUAACAACGCGAAGAAUGCCGAAAAUGUUGAACAGGAAAAGAAUGUUACUGAGUCAUUUGAAAAAGAAACCAUGCAAUUAAUGAAUGGAUAUAAAUAUGCCAUUGAUGGCACUCUAAAGGAAAACUAUGAGUUAGAAAGCAAUGACAGUGUAAAACAAUGCGAAAUCGAACCAGUCGCCGGCUCUGAUAAAGACACACAAUCUAAUCUGUUCAAAUUAGAUGGUACAAGUGAAAGACUGCUUGAUAUGAAAUCGGUAACAUCAGGGAUCAAAGUUAAUGCGGGUUGUAAAACCACUCCAGUUAUUGACUUACCAGAAAGUUAUGACAGUACAUGUGCUAUGAAAGAAAUUUGCGAUGAAACAUAGGUGAUUUGAGAUAUCUUAAUAAGUCACAAUUUUCAGUUUAAUUAAAUAAGUAAAGGGCAAGGAAUGCCUGACCAUAAGUUAAUUUCAUACGAAAACCACCCUCAAGCCUUUCAUAACGCUGAAAGAAUUUUGAUAAAAUAUAUUAAUUUCCAAUGUUUCUUUGGUGUAAGAUGUAAAACAUAGUAAUUUCUUUCAUUAUAGUUGGAAAAAGUAGAGAAAUAAUUUUAUAAAAAAAUGAAGUAAAUACAGUUUAAAUUUAUAUAUAUAGAAAUUUUAUGAAUCUGCUAUUUUGUUGCCACGGAAACAAGGUGGCUGCCAUUUUUACCAAAUACUGAAACGUUAAUAGUUAAUAGUUUUCUCAUUUUUAAGCAAAUUUUGAAAAAUUCUAUCACUUCUAAAACAUUCUAUCAGACGGAAUUAACAUAAGAACAACGACGCCUUCCCCUUUAAGAAAUCAAGUGAUGAAGUUUCGGAACACUUACAUUCUAAACGAAACUAAAAAGACACUAACAAUAUUAUGAAAAAUUGAGAGAUACUUUACCAAAUUUAUAGUUUUAGUAAAUGAUUUAUAGUGUUCUUGAUACUGUGAAAAGUUGUUUACGUAUAGGAAUCAGUGAAAUGCUGAAAAUCUAAACGAUUGAUCAAAUUCUGUUAGGGAUAUAGAGUGACGAAGUUUUCGAAUUCAGUAAAAGUGUUAUAUGAGCCGCACUAUGAGAAAAUCAACAAAGUGCAUUUGCGACUAUGUUGGUUUUCUCAUGGUGCGGCUCAAAUAUUGUCAGGCAUACAGAGUGAGAAGUUUUCGAAUUCAGGAAAAGUGUUAUAUGUUCUACAAAUUUUAGUUAUAUGAAAAAACUAAAAAAGAAUGAGAUUUAUAUACAACCUCUCAUCUAGUCAAAUACAAUAUACAUUUUUUUUUCUUUUCUUCUUUUUGUUUUGUUUUCAGUUUGAAAUUCACGCCUUUUUUGUGAAUAGAAUUUACUUGUAUCUAGUUCAUCGUUUUCUUGAGUUUUACGUUUGUUUUUGAUCCAAACUGGGACAUCUUAUUUGUGCAAGUUUUUCUUUUUCUUUUAUUAUUGCAAGGGGUAAACAUUGUAUCUUUUUCAGUUGGUCAGUGUACGAUUGUUUUACAUAUAUAUGGAAUAGAUUUACUGCAAAUGGUAAA